UGUAUCACCCCUUCAUGCCAGUGUUUUUAUUUUUAUUUAUGUUUCUGCUUAUUCUUGUCAGGGGGAGAGGAGAGAGCGGCUGUGGUGGGCAUAGACAACCCAGCCUUCGAUGGAGGAGGAAGCGCGGAGCUUUCCGUUUCUUCGCUUUGGCUGGGGAGAGAAAUUCGAGGUGACAGGCCAGAUAGCACCCUUGCAGCUCACCCAAAAAAAAUGGAGCUGCAAGCCCCUGCCAAAGAAAGAGGAAAUAAUCACACCCAAAAUUACUUUGACCCGUUGUCGGCAGAGCAGACGGACCCAAGGCAUCACAGGAUGACUGGGGUCAGCGCCGAAGAUGAGCUUGAAUUAACAAUGUUGGAUGCAGAUGAAAACCGGCUGUAUCAAAGAAUGGCUGCACUGCUGGAUGAGGAUGAUACCUUCAUAAAUAUACCCGGUACGCUGCUAGCCUCCAGGGAUGAGGAGGUGUUGGAGGUGAAGGCGGGUGAUCCGGUGCUUCAGCGGCGACUGCUGCUCCACAGCGGUGGUGAUGCCUCGGGCUCCCGGCCCUCCCAGGCCCACACCAUUGCCAAAACCCAGGCUGGGGCCGGUGCUGGGCUGGGAGGAGAGGCUGGACUCGAAGCAGGGAGGAUGGUAAUGGGCAGAGAGAGCACUGUAAAAAUGAGGACAGCUAAGGAGGCGAUCCCCCGUUACGCCCAGCAGCUGAGGGAGCGCGUGCGGCCUGACAUGAUCACGCUUGGCAGCCUUUCACUGCAGCAGCACGCGGCUCAGCAGGGACCUCUGAAGAGGAGUGAGUGGGCAAAGAGGAAGAAGAGACUAAUGCACUUCUUAACUGGGAAUGUAAAGGAGCCUCAUUCAGGGCGAGACUGUGACGUGGGGGCUCCACAGCCCAGGCUGAACAACCUGCUUCACAGCCAAACCAUUGAAAGCCCGUCACUCAGAGCGCUGGGGGAAGGCCAAGAGGAAGCGAUAGCCAAAUACGGGCAGAUGACAGAGCUCCAAGAGUCCUCCUCCUCAGCAUCACGGCCCCUGUGGCAGCUGAACCAGAGCACCACGUCCCAGCCUGUGGAGGUCUGUGUGCGUUGUCUGAGGGCCACCAGAGACAAGCUUCCCAGGGGCCUCUACUCUGUCAGCGUUGGCCUUCACAGUCGUCUAGGGGGUCAAGCUUUGGAUUGGUGCAGUAAGAAAGAGCAGCAACAAUGGGCGGUGUCCACUGAGCCGAUGGAGCAUCGGGGCCGUUACUACGACACAGACCUGCAUGUUAACCAGAGUCUGUUUGUGAUCUUACCUGCAGCCUGUGAGGUCGUUCCGUCCAUGGUCCUGGUAUUUCAGCUGAUCGCACUCCCAGGGCACCGCAGCCACGUCAGCUCGGUGAUAGCAUGGGGCGCAUUUCCUGUUUGUGGACUGAACCUCGGACAGGUCCAAGGGAGGUUUAAAACCCCUUUGCUCAGAGGGGAACCAAACAGACAAGUGGACCGGUUUAAAGAAAUUGAAGCCCUCAUUUCCUCUGAUUUAGACCACUGGCUGUGCAACCUGUACUUCCAGAUUAAGAGGUUUCCUUCUGGGGGGCCAGAGCGCUGCAUCACCUUGUCAAUCCCUUCUGCUAACCAUCAACCUGUGGUGCAAUACGAUCAACCCCAAGGCCAACUGCCACACCAGCCUCAACCCCUGUCACAAACCCAGCUCCGUCCCCAUUUCAUCCACCCCCAGUCCCAGUUAAAUCCCCAGCAGCAGCCGCAUGCGGGCCCCAGCAGCCGAGCAGGAGAGCCUGCUGUGGUACACUCUCACCGGGGGUCUCCGCUCCACCUGUCAGCUGACUCCGCUUGCUCUUCCUCAUCUUUGCCAGGCAAGAAUUCGUCCUCGGGAGCCAUUUCUGGAAACAUGGGCGAGAAGAGCGAUCCAUGCCGGGAGAAAGCGGAGGGUGGGAUUCACUACAAGAAGAAGCCAAUCAAGAAGACAAAUAGCUGCGGCCCCAGCAUGAGCGGCAGCAGCGCACCGCCACGGCAGGCAGACAAACAGAAGAUGCAGAACCUCUCCGCGGAGGAGAUGGAGGAGUAUACAUUCUCCCUACAAUCCGCGCUGCCUGGACCCGUCUCUCGCCCCUCACGCCUCUCCGACCGAGCCCGCCUGGCCCUCCGCAUGCUACCUUCCCAGCUGGGCCUACCGUUGCCUGGGCAACAACAGCCGCAUAGAGGCUGGCGUGGCUCCGUUCGGCAGCUCGGCCUCAUUAUGCUGCUGCUGGCUUUGAUGUGGUUUGUGAGGCUCUACCUGCAUUACUGCAGCCAGUGGCUCUACCUCCAGGCCAUCGCAGUUCCUGUCAACAAAUUCCAGUUCCACGCACACACGGUGGACCUGGUGUACCAGGGUUCUCUGCUCCACACCCGGGAGGAGCUGGCGAUGGUGGUGGUUGGUCCCCUGACCUUGAACGCAGUAACGUUCCUGCUGGUUCUGAUCAGAUGGGGCUGUCAACAGAUAUUUGGCUCACUCCCUUCCUUCACGUCAAAGUUUAUCAUGGCUCAGGGAGUGUGGACAGUCCUCGACCCCCUGGCAGUCUUUGCAGUGGACGCCGUCCUCGGGCGGCUGGCCUACAGCCCGGACACACCGGUGGGCGACGCAGCCAAGCUGUACUGGCACUUCUAUCGAACCGACCAAUCAGGUGCAGCUGGAGUGAUCAUCACUCUCUUCUUGUACGCAGUCCUUUUCCUGCUCUCCAUCACCAUCCUGUCCAUUUACCUCCUCAGAUUCCACAACAAUGGCCGCAUGCUGGACGUCUUUCAGAGGCUUACAGCCAAGGAAGGGACGUACUUCCUGCCUGAAGACCUGGAGCUGUCCAAUCAGGAGCUGAGCUACAUUGUAAAGAAAGCGGAGCAGUGGAGAGGCUUUAAUGGGGAAAGGCGUAAGGUUGCAGUCUAUGACUAUAUAUGGACGGUGGACGACCCAUCAGCAGGCUCUGCACCCCCCAGUGAAUACCCCAGAGAGGGCAGAGUCCUCCCAGAGGGAGACACCAGCACCCAUGUGACAAUCUACACCCUAAACCUAAGUGGGAGGAAACAAAGAUACAGGCACUUCCUCAGGCAACCCGAUGGGGCUAUUAUUGAGGUGAUUGGGGACAUGGAGGGGUUCGAUAAUUCCACCAGGAUGAUGUUUUCCCGAGGUCAGGGGUCUGCUGACAGAAGAGAGCACAAGGAAGGUGAAAGUGCUCCACAGCAGCUACGCAAAAGGAGGAGACUAUUUGGAAGGUGCCAUCGUGUUGAGCCGGUAGGAGGAAGUGGGUGUGGCUCCAGUUUUGCACUGCAGGACCUCAACCAAUGAUAUCAAAGCAAAGGAGGAGAUUGUUUGACACUGAUGUAAGUCUUCAACUGUCUUUAGUCUCCAUAGCUGAAUUAUAAUAUUAAAGACAAAUGUUGUAAAAGUGAUAGCUUUUCAAGAACCUUUCCAAAGCGGUUAAAAUGCAGCUGUUGUUCAUUGGAGAAGAACUUUCUCUGUUUGUUUGGUUUUUAUUUAUUUAAGAAAGAAGCUCAUUAUUAAAAGGUUUAUUUUGGAGGGUUACAGGCAGCAUAAACAGUGUUGUAAAUUAUUUAACUUCUGCAUUUCUAGUCGAGUAAACAUUCCAAAUCUGUGUGACCUGAUUAGCUCUUUGCAACCUAAUAAACAAUGUUCAGCAAAACUGCUAAUGCAUGCAGGUCGUCAAGUGUUCAGCGCUGCCUCAACACAAUGAAAGAUGAAGAUGCUAAAAGUCGCUAAUCAGAACACCAGUGAUAAAAUAUCAAUAUUGGCCUCACAUUAAACAGGAUAAUAUUCAGGCCAGCUUGAUUUGUAUUGAAUAUGUGUCUGCUAGCCGGUGCUCAGUGUAAUGAAGUGGCUCACAAAUCAGGCCAUAAUGGCUGCCUACUUACACAUAUUGCUUAAUUAAAGGUUGUGAGCUUAUUAGCAUGUGUCUCUGGCACAGGGCGCUGGGAGAUGGGAAUCAGGACUCGUGUCAUUGAGGGCCGGGCUUUAAAGGUUUUAUAGAUAGCUAACCUAUCAUACUAAAGCCAUAGCCCUCCCUAAAAUCGGAUCUUAAUAACCUGUCAUAUUCAUUGAUGAUGAUUCUCCUUUAUGGGCAGCCAUUAUGGAUCAACUUAGCGAUACUCGGCGAUAGCGGCCAUUCGUGCUCGUCAUUACCAGGAACACGCCUUACUUUGGCCUUGAUGUUGCUCCUCACCUCCAUGUUUAAACAAUCAUAGUGGUGUCCUG